AUGGACUUGGUUCAGUCAUCUUUCUUUUCGAUUGUGGGGUGGGUGAUUUCAGCUGAAAAGGAAUGUGGGUUUAACACCUUCCCUAAAGUUUUGGGUGUCCAGAUUUCUUUAGCAGAUUCUCACGCUGGUCUUGUCACUGUUCACAACACUGAAGCUCACAAGCGAGUACACCUAGUUGAUGUCCCUGAGGGGUCGGCUACUCUUCGCAUACAGCCAGUUCUAUGGGAGAGCUGCUUCCUGCCAUUUGCGUGUGCUCUCAAGUAUUGUCUUUGUCAGAGCUGUGUUAAGCUUGGUGCCCAGCUCAAGGAGAGCUUGACUUUCCUUCGUGAGCGAGUCGUCCUUGGCAAGCCCCGUGUGGCGCAUGCUGACUUCAGGCCCGUGUACCGCAUGUACAGUGAUGCCUCUUACGAUGCAUCAUCAUCAGGCGGCGGUUUAGGUGGCAUCGCUUACGACUUUACUGGCCUGUGCAUAGGCUGGUUCGGCGAGCAUGUUUCCCAGGUUGUUCUUCAAGGCAUCAAUCCAGAAGGAAAGAAAACCCUCAUCUACGAGCUUGAAGCCUUGGCGGCUGUUCUUGGUUGCGAGCUCUUGCUGUCCACUUUAAGGCAGUGCGACAUUGUUCUUUUCACGGACAAUGAAGGCGGAAGUUCCGAUUGUCCUUUUGUUCAGUGUGCUCCAAACCGUCUUUUCGAUCUGGAGGAGGAUCGCAGCUUGAACGUUUGGUUUGAAAGAGUGUGCAGUGCGAGCAACCCUGCAGACGCGCCUUCGAGAGGCUCCUACCUGCUGCCUGAUUUCCUCAGGCAUCACUCUUCUGUGAGCCGUGUGCUCUCCGAGUUCUGUGCCUCCUCUACUGGGGCCACGGCACUGGACUCUUCCGCGCUUCCCACCAUGUAA